CUACUCAGAUUAGUCAUUUAGCAACCAGAAGCCUUACUGGUACUUUCAAAUAAACAUUCACACCCUACACAAACACACCCUUCUGAAACUGAAUGGGAAUUUUGAAUUAAUUUCUAUCAUUGCCUUGUAUCUUAGGUUCUUUCUCCGGUUCAUUAUAUUUUUAGCUCUACACUUAGCAGCUACAUUCAUGUUUCGUUUUGUGGCAUCUGUCUUCCGCACCGCGGUUGCUUCUACAACAGCUGGUAGUUUGUUUGUAUUGUUUGUCUUAUUAUUUAGUGGCUUCACAUCCCAAAAUGUAAGAUUUCGAUAACUCUUCCAAUCUGAUUUUUGGAUAAUUAUUUAGGAAGAUGAACUUAAGCUAAGCUAUCUUGUUGCUUGCAGCCUCUAUGCCAACAUGGUUGAAGUGGGGAUUUUGGGUUUCCCCGUUGACAUAUGGCGAGCUUGGACUUGCUUUAAAUGAAUUUCUAGCUCCAAGAUGGCAAAAGGAAGUGAGAGAAAGGGGGUUCACUCAGAAAAAACUUCGUGAUAUUACAGGUGCAUUUAGGCCUGGUGUUCUUACAGCAUUGAUGGGUGUCAGUGGAGUUGUGAAAACAACUCUUAUGGAUGUUCUUGCUGGAAGAAAAACUAGUGGCACUAUUGAAGGAGAUAUUAGAAUUGGGGGGUUUCCUAAGGUUCAUGAUACAUUUGCUAGGAUUUCGGGUUACUGUGAGCAAACCAAAAUACAUUCUCCACAAAUUACAGUUGAAGGAUCAGUGGUUUAUUCUGUUUGGCUCCGUCUGUGUCCUGAAAUUGAUUCAAAAACUAAAUUUGUAUGACCUAUAUAUAAGGAAGUUUAAUUUACUCUUUAAUUCUACAACAAUAGUUUAAACAUUAUUUUACUUCUGUUGGUGCUGCACAUCUUUGCGGGAAUUUGUGAAAGAAGUCCUUGAGAUCAUUGAGUUUGAUGAGAUCAAAGAUUUUGGCAUGCCCGGUGUUAGUGGUUUAUCAACUGAGCAGAGAAAGCGUCUUACAUGGAGCUUGUUGCUAACCCCUCUAUUAUUAUCAUGGAUGAGCCUACAACUGGAUUGGAUGCAAGAGCAGCUGCAAUUGUUAUGCGAGCUGUGAAGAACAUGGCUGAAACAGGAAGAACAAUUGUUUGCACCAUUCACCAACCAAGCAUUGACAUUUUUGAAGCAUUUGGUGAGGUAGGAAAACAAUUAAUGAACUAUUUUAAGAGAGAGCUUGGAACAUAAUGUCAAUUUGGAUACUGAAAUGGAAUUAAUUAUGCAAGUUUUAGAGCUGUUUGAUUGCAA